AUGGCCGCUACUCGCAGGACAUCCAAGGCAGCCGCCCCUAGCAGCAGCAGCAAGUCCGCCAAGUUUAGCGUGCUGCUUCCGACAUAUAACGAGCGGGAGAACAUCCCAUUGAUCGUUUACCUGCUGGUGGAGACGUUCGAGAAGAACGAGAUAGACUAUGAGAUCAUCGUGAUAGAUGACGCCAGCCCCGAUGGCACGCAGGAUGUGGUGCGGCAGCUGCAGCGGGAGUAUGGAGAAGACAGGAUCCUGCUGCGCCCGCGCCCCGGCAAGCUGGGCCUGGGCACCGCCUACGUGCACGGCCUGCAGUCUGCCCGCGGCGACUUUGUCAUCUUGAUGGACGCCGACCUCAGCCACCACCCCAAGUACAUACCCGCCAUGCUCAAGAAGCAGGCGGCCACGGGGUGCGACAUAGUGACGGGGACGCGGUACCGCCAGGGCGGCGGCGUGUAUGGCUGGAACUUCAAGCGGAAGCUGACCAGCCGCGGCGCUAACCUGCUGGCGCAGACGCUGCUGCAGCCUGGGGUCUCGGACCUCACCGGCUCCUUCCGCCUCUUCCGCAAGCCCUGCCUGGACGCCGUCAUGUCGCUGUGCACCUCCAAGGGCUACGCUUUCCAGAUGGAGAUUGCGGUACGGGCCAGGCGGCUGGGGUACACGAUUGAGGAGGUGCCGAUCGUGUUUGUGGACCGCAUCUUUGGCGCCUCCAAGCUGGGAUCCCAGGAGAUCGUGAUGUACCUGAAGGGCUUGGUCAACCUGUUCCUCACAACGGCCUUCCCCGCAUCCUCCAAAUACGUGCUGGCGCCGGCCCUGCGCCUGCUGGCGGCGCUCUACGCCUCCUACCACUCCACACGCCACUUCUUCUACCGGCAGGGCAUGCUGCGCCCACUGGGCCUGCCCUGCCCCGUCAUCUCCAUCGGAAACCUCACAAACGGUGGCACCGGCAAGACGCCUUUUGUCGAGUUCCUGGCCCGCCACUAUGUGUCCGUGCACAAGAUGCCAACUAUGGUCCUGCAGCGCGGCGGCGGCACAGUAGACGAGACCAUCAUGUUGCGUCACGUGCUGGAGGGGCUGCCCGUGUACGUGCACGACUGCUCCACAACUUCCUCGGAAGCCAGGGAGUAUCUGCGGGAGAAUCCCGACACGCGGCUGGCGCUGCUGGAUGACGGACUGCAGAACCUGGCGCUCACCAGCGGUACACUAAGGGAGCUGCCCAAGCAGGCGCUGCGGCGGGCGGACGCGCUGGUACUGCACAACGUCGACUUGUUAGGCCCUGAGCGGCGCGAGGCGGUGCAGCGGCAGCUGACGUCGGUGGCGCCGCGGCACACCAUCUUCCUGCAGACGCAGAUGGCGCCCACCGGCCUGCGCUCGCUCAUACCCCCCACGGGCAGCCUAGACAUGAGCAUCCAGUCGGGGCUGGGGGAGUGCCUGCCGCUCAGCCGGCUGACGCAGGCGGCGGUCAUCUGCUUGGUAGGCAUCGGCAAGCCCGAGACCGUGGAGCGCCACCUGCAGCGCCUGGGCGCGGCGCACGUGGAGGGGUGCGGCGACUACGAGGACCACCACAUGUUCAGCCUGGAGGAGCUAACGGCGGCCAUCAGCCAAGUGUCUGCCAGCCCCAUUAGCAGCAGCGGGGAGGAGGGGUGCAGCGGGUGGGGGGCGUACGUGCUGCAGGCGGGGCUGGAGGUGGUGGACCACGACAGGCGGUUUAGCAGCCAGGGCGCGACGUUCAACGCAAUGCUGCGCCUGGCGGUAGACAACUUCAGGCGCCGCAGCUACCUCACGAUCUGACCGCCUGCGGCCCUGCAGCAGCACCAGACCACCGUUUGGCGCCGCCCGGCAGCAGCAGCAGCAGCAGCCCCUGCUACCGUUUGAUGCAGCCCAGCUUUUUUCCCACACCCUCUCCACGCUGUCCUUUGCCUGCUCACCCCCUGAGUGCCCACUCUGCUCCUCGCCCGCUUCUCCCUCCUGCUGCGUGCAAUGCCGGCGCCGCACAUUGCGCUGCCAGACUGCUCCUCUUUCGCCUGCCCGCCCGCCCAACACUACCCUUCCACCGCAUGCCUUCCUCGGGCUUUACAAACCGAUUCGGGCUCAGGCUCAAACCAAUCAAACAACAACCGCAUAAAAUGAAAUGCAACAGAAAUGCAACUGCUC